CUGUUCAUUUCACUCAUUUCAGAUUCUGGUAAAAUGGACGACGAUGCUUGUCAGGGACUGCACAACUUAUCAAUAAGUGAAGAGAGUACACUUGCACAAUGUAUUCAGGAGAAGUACUCCAGAUUGAUUCUCCAGUCAAAAGAGUUGGUGUCGCAGGGUAAGGUUCAGGAGGCCCUCCAACUGAACCAGACAGCUUAUAGACUAUGUCCCUCAGACAAAUUACAGCGGAAAAUUCAGCGUAUGCAGGCAUACAUUGAAGACAAUUCCACUGAGGUGACAAAAGGUGAUGAAAAAAAUGAAAUCAAGACUCCAUCCGUCAAAAGUAUACGAAGUGAAAGGACCUCAUCCAGCUCCUCUGUCACAGGGGGGUCACCCUCUCAGGGGGGCAAGGUCGUUACAGCGGUCUCCUCCCCCUCAGUCCCCGCGAUGCAGAACCUAUCGGAGGAAGAUCAGGUCCAGUACGCCAUGCUGAUAUCAGAGGCGGGCCAAAAAGUGGAGGAGAAAAAAAUUCCCGAGGCUCUGUAUCUGAACAGAAAGGCCCUGAGGAUUGCCUAUAGUGAUAAACUGCAGAGGAAAAUUCAGCGUAUGGAGUUGUAUAUUCAGCAAAACAAUUUAACAGAACUUCCAGAUGACUUAGAAAAACCCAGUGAAAUGACAAAAUCAGAGGAAAAACAAAUUCCAACAUCACCCAAAGUGAGGGAAACAUCAGACAUAGGCUCAAAGCCGGGGGAAGAAGAGGAAUCAAAAUAUACCCAACUAGUGUCAGAAGCAAAGGAUUUAACCUCUAAAGGUCAAGUAAAGGAGGCUCUAGACUUGUACAGAGAGGCAGCAAAGAUCUGUCCCAGUGACAAACUUAACAGAAAAAUGGAAAGAAUGGAGGAUUAUUUAAGGCAGAAUACAGCUGCAAGUGAUUCUUCAGUGGAAAAGGGUGAAGACAUGGAGACUGGUGAUUCAUGCUCUACCAAAGGGGAGAGAACCUCCGCAGAUAAGGAAGCAGAGAACCAGUAUACUCAACUGGUAUCUCGAGCUAAGGACCUCACUGAAAGUGGACAUGUGAAGGAAGCGUUAUGUCUGUACAGACUCGCUGCUGAGAUCAAGCCUAGUGAUAAACUCGCACGUAAAAUGCAAAGAAUGGAGGACUAUCUGAAGCAGAAUGGUAUCUCUAUAGAUGAAGAGCAGACAAGUAAAGUUUUAGCAGCUGAGACUGAAGAAAAGAUGUCGACAGAAAUGGAGUGUGAGGAACGAGGUCAGCCUUCAGAGAAUGUCCCCCCGACCUCAACAGACAGGGAGGUAAACAGUCUAAGUGAGGAGGACCAGGUACAAUUUGCUUCACUGGUGUCUAAAGCUAAGGAGGAUACACGCCAGGGGAGAGCAGCAGAAGCCUUACAGUCCUAUAAACAGGCAGCAGAGAUCUACCCCAGUAAAAAGCUACUGGCCAAAAUACAGAAACUGGAGGCUUUUCUGAAAGAAUCACAGAAAUCGAAUGUGGACAGUAAUGUGAAUGGUGUCAAUUCUCCAAGGUUACUGACAGAGAGCACACCAAGCAGGAGACCAUCCGGUAACAGCCAAUUAGGGGCUCCGUCUGUAGACCAGCAGAGGAAAUAUAAUGACCUCGUAGUGAAGGCCAAGAAACUCGCGACAGAGGGAAAGAUCAGCGAGGCAUUGGAAUAUAACAAGAAAGCUCUGGCCAUCUGCUUCAGUGACAAGCUGGAAAAAAGAAUACAGAAAAUGGAGUCCUAUCUUGCCAGUAAUGAGGAUGAGGAGGAGGAAGAAAUGGGAGAGAGUGGGGGAAUGGUCCACAUGGGGAAUAAUUUCUACCUGUACAAAGACCUGGUGAAGAACCUGUAUGCCCACCAGAAACAGGGGGUCAUGUGGAUGUGGGGGCUCCAUCAGAAGCGUAAGGGAGGGAUCCUAGGAGAUGAUAUGGGGUUGGGUAAGACCAUUCAGGUGAUAGCCUUCCUGUCGGGUCUGUUUGACAUGCAGAAAGUCCACUCGGUAAUGAUUGUGAUGCCUGUGUCUGUAAUAGGAAACUGGGACAAAGAACUGAAAAAAUGGGCUCCAGGUAUUAAGGUAGAAGCAUAUCAUGGAUCAAAGAAAGAAAAAGAGCGAUCUUUAGCUAAGAUCAGAAGAAAAGGGGGCAUUCUGUUGACUUCUUAUGGAUUGAUCGUCACUAGCUGGGAGGUGAUGAGCCAGCAGGAUGGAAGACCUUUCAAAUGGGAUUACCUUAUCCUUGAUGAAGGUCACAAGAUAAAAAAUCCUACGAAGACAACUAAGGGAGUCCAUCAGAUCCCAGCCAGUCACAGAAUUCUUCUGACCGGUACCCCCAUACAGAACAACCUCAGGGAGAUGUGGUCCUUGUUUGAUUUUGUACAUCAAGGGACAUUACUGGGGACGGCAAGGACCUUCAAGAUGGAGUUUGACACCCCAAUAACCAGGGCCAGGGAGAGAGACGCCACUGCUAACGAGAGAAAACUAGGGAUGGAGAUGGCUGAGAGCCUGAAACAGAUUAUCUCCCCUUACUUCUUACGGAGAACGAAGGCCGAGGUGAUCGACAAGGAGGAGAAGGGGGAACUAGACGUGUCGUCUUCUACCAAGAGUCUGAACUAUGGCAAAGACUUGAAGAUGCCAUCAAUGACGAGGAAGAACGACCUGAUUUUGUGGCUGUUCCUGACACCUGACCAACAGAGGAUCUACAGCGACUUCUUAUCCCUGGACUCUGUUAAAGAGCUACUGAUGACGAAGAAGUCUCCCUUGGUGGCUCUGACAGUGUUGAAGAAGAUCUGUGACCAUCCUCGUCUCUUGUCACGGAGAGCGUGCGCUCAACUUGGUCUGGAUGGAGAGCAUGCGUUAGAUGACUCCGCCCUUGAGUCAGAGGAAGGCCACCAGUGCGCAGCCAAUCAAAUCAAGAACAUGCCAGACAAUGUCCUGAUCCAGGAGUCGGGGAAACUGAUCAUCAUUAUGGAUUUACUGGACCAGAUGAAGCGGGAGGGACAUCGCUGUCUCGUCUUCUCUCAGUCCAGGAAGAUGCUGGACAUUAUCCAACAGCUUAUCUCCAACAGGGGUCACAAGGUCAUGCGGCUGGAUGGCACUAUUACUCAGCUGAGCGAGAGAGACAGAAGAAUCGCCACAUUCCAGGAGGACAUGAGUUACUCCGUGUUCCUACUCACAACACAGGUGGGAGGUGUGGGUCUGACUUUGACAGCUGCAGAUAGAGUCAUCAUAUAUGAUCCUAGCUGGAACCCUGCCACUGAUGCCCAGGCUGUGGAUAGGGUCUUCAGGAUUGGUCAGGAUAAAAAUGUCGUUAUCUACCGCCUCAUUACGUGUGGUACAGUGGAGGAGAAAAUCUACCGCAGACAGAUAUUUAAAGACUCCAUAACCCGCCAGACAACCGGGAACUCCAAAAAUCCCUACAGGUACUUCACAAAGCAGGAGCUGAGAGAGUUGUUCACCCUUGACAAUCCACGGAUCUCGAAAACUCAGCAGCAGCUGGAGGAGAUGCACAGUCAUCAGAGAAAUACGGACUCAUCACUCGAUGCUCACAUCGCAUUUCUCUACUCACUCGAGAUAUUUGGUAUCAGUGACCAUGACUUGAUGUUCACUCAGGAGAAAUGCGACUUUGAAGACAACGGUGAAGCAGAGGUGGAACAUGGAGAUGACUACAUACAACACAGGGUACAAAAGGCAAAGGAGUUGCUUCAGAUGGAGUCGGAUUUAACACAGGAUUUUGAACAGAGAACCGGGAAAUACCAGAGAAAUGUUCCAGCUGGGCCAGAGGAUGCUGGGUCCCAGAAACCAUUCUCUCGCCCCUGGUCUGACUGGAAUCUCCAGGGGACGGUCAACACUCAGGAGGAGGAUGUCAAGGACGUACAAGAGAUAGACUUGGAUGCUGAGAACGUUGAUGAUGAUGAUGACGAAGAAGAGGAAGACAAUUAUGUUAGAGAAGUGAAGGCUGAAGUAUUGGAGACCAGUCAUAUUGACCUUGUGACCCCAGAGCCCACCCCCGUCAAGGGCAGCAAUAUGGUGGUGGAUCUGACUGCCACCACACCAGGAAUCAUAGUAAAGACAAAGCCAGAAUUAAACAAGACUGACAUCAAAAUGGAAUCUGAACAAACUGAAAUAAAGACUGAAGUAUUGAGUCCAGGACAACAUAUAGAAGAGACCGCAGAAUCAGAGGAGGAGGUUCAAACCAUUGAACAUUUAGGAAAUCUUUCUAUUAGGGCUAGUCCCAAAAGGACCUCUUUGGAUAGAGACAGUAUGUUAGAGCCUGAUUCAAAUGAUAGGGAAAGUAACACUUCCAGUAAUGGAGGCAUGGUUUCAAAAAGCCGAGAUGAAGAUGUAAUGCAGGAAGAUGAAAAUCUGGAAGAUGUAGAAGAAGAGGAGGAUACGGAGAAGACAGGUGAUGCUCUGUCAAAUGAAUCUGAGAGUGACAAAAUGGAGGAAUCUAUAAUCGAUUCGGAGGAUGAAGAAAACAAAGAAAAUGUUCCUCUUUCACAAAUAAUAGCUUCAGCCAAGAGAUCAUCAGAUGUGUUCAAACUUAACAGAUCAACAGAUGGACAGGCGAGGUCUCCUCUAGCUCCCAUCCUCAUUUCUCCAGCAGUCACGGACUCUCCUGCUAAGAAGAAGGCAAGAAGAAGUGUGUCUCAAAGUCCCUGGUUGAAACAACCCCACGAGAAAAAGGUGGAAAAUACUGUGAGAGAAGAGGAGGUUUUUAUAUCCCCUGAUAGGUUCCGACCUCUGAUGGGAACAAAAUCAAAGGACAAUGCCAAUUUGCUCAAAAGUAGAAGUAACUUGAAUUCUACGAUUUUAUCGGCUUUCUCUGACAGUCCUCAGCCCGGUGAUUCACCUCUUGGAAGGAAAGGGACAUCAGAAUUGGAAAGGAAGAGGAUUGGCUCUAAGCUUCAGCAAACAUUAAUGGAGGAAUCCCCUAAUCAAAGUGGUGCUUUUUCUAGACUUCAGGAAAGUUUUGUGCCAAAUUCUUUACAGAAUACACCUGAUGUUAGCUCGUCUGCCAAGGACAUAUCUGAACAGGACAAUAUAGCCAUAGAAGAGACUGAUGAAGAAUCAUCGCCUGCCAAAUACAUGUCUAUUUCCAAGUCAGAGAGUGCUGUUGAAGACAGCAUACUGAGUGAUGAGGAGAAACACUUGAGUGACUCAGAUGAUUUUGAGCCUGCGAAUAACCAAUCAAAAAUAGGAAUAGAAUCAGAUGACGAUUUGCCAACAUUUUCUGUCAAGAAGAAAUCUGUGAAAAAGGCUGUAAUUGGGAGUGAUUCUGAAAGUGACACUAGUGAUGUGAACCCUGAGGAGGAGGCAGAGAGAAGUGUUAGCAGAGAGAACAGUAACAAAAGGAAGUCGCCCGAGUCUAACAGCCUGCCCCAGUCUAAGUACGUCAUGCUGUCCAGCUCUGACAAUGAACAGUCUGAGAACCAGGAGGAGCUGAGAAGUGAGGAGUCGGGGAUCGAUGAGGGCUCAGAGGAGGGAGAGGAGGAGUCUUUAGAUAAAGGAUCAGAGGAGGAGUCUAUAGAUGUAGAUAUUGAUAGUGAAGAUGAAGAUUUCUUAGAUCUGGCAGAUGAUCUGAAAGAAAACUAUCUGGUGGCAGUAAAAAGAGCAAAGGAGCUCUACAAAUCUAGAAACUAUGAGGAAUGCUUGGCCAGUGUUUUACAAGCUUUGGAAAUCUACCCAGAGAAUAGGGCUUUACAGGCUUUUGCACUCAUUAUUCACAGCAAGUUGGGAUAGAAUCCUCAUGUUUACCACUGAGCAAGUCACUGUCAUCUGUUUAGAUUGAUAUAGAUACUAAGGAUCAGAUGAAUGACUUUAAACAAAAUCGAACAAUCUGUCUUAUUUGUAAUGGUUGCAUUCUGACUCAAAACUUUUUUCAUAAAAUAUGCAUACCAUCCUGCAAGUGCAAAUCAAUUUUAAUGUUUGAAUUCAGUUUUAUCUUUACAAUGUUUUCACUGGGAACAGCUGGCAUGAAUUUUGUGUUUGUUUAUUUGGGAAAUGGUAAA